AUGAUGGACUCAAUGGUCUCACACGAAUCGAAGGGCGACAUUCCGGCGUACAUCAGAGUGGCUAAGCCACUGAUGCCGACACCCUGGGAGGGUGCUGACGACCUGUAUGCGUUCGAGGAGUGGUUGCAACGCCUCCUGUCGUACUUCCAGACGUUGAAGAUCACCGGUCCAAGCAUGGAUAGUGAUCGACUCCGCCUGCUAGGGAGUGCGAUCAAGGGAGACGCCUACACAUGGUACUUCCGCCAUGUGCAGUCCCCACGACGAGAACGUUGGGACUGGACGUUCAAUGAGGCCAUACUGGCAUUACACCGUCGAUUCAUACACAGCGACGGUGAAGUGCAAGCAGCCAUGGACUGGGACUCAGUCAACUACAACCGUAAAGGUGGUAUUAACGAGCUCCUGGACCGUAUGACCAAGUACGGAGAUAGGAUGACUCAGAGGCCGAGCGAGUACGCUUGGAAGUGCAAGUUCCUGGAGGCACUCCCGGCCGAAAUGAGACACACGUUGGAAAACGUGUAUAUCAUGACCCCGGAACGAACACCCUACCCAGAACUGGUAGCGGUGGCGCUCAAAUUAGAGCGGGCUGCUCAGUCGUCAAAAGCCAGGGCGGCACGAGGGAAUAAGUCCACGGUAACCACCGCUAAGACGGGCAGUGGUAUGGAUGGUCAAUCGGCGAGUGCACCAAACACUGGCAAGGCUACCAGUGGUGGGUACUCGGCCGCCCGGAACAGACGACCGGCGAAACCACAGACCGAUGGACCGACUGCAACCUCCAAUCGGCAAAGUACUGCACAAAGUACUAAGCCGGCAAUGGAUGGAGCAGCCUCGGCGACCAGACCCCUCGCACGCCGCAAGAUAAUAUGCUGGACGUGCGGAGGCGAAGGACACACCUCUAGAGACAAGGCGUGUCCCGACUAUGGCAAACCACCCAGUAAGAACCCGCAAAUGCACGCUGGGCGUAUUGUGGACGAGGAUGCGAAGAGCGUGGCAUCAUCGUCCACAACUACAGCCAGCAAAGGACAGGGCCAUGUGGACCACACCGCCGCCCACCUUGAUCAGGUGGACGAUGAGGGGCAGGACAGUUACCCGCGGUCCGACUAUGGAGGUCUGCAAUAUGCAUCGGAUGGAGAUCAAGCCGACUCUCCAUUUGAGGAG